GGCAAGUUUCUAUUCAUAAUUGGUUCCUCACUCUUUGGAAUACUAAGCUUUUCUCUUUUGUCCUGCUCUUCUUUCUCGGCCACUCUAUUGGCACAUAAAUGUUGUGGUUAACAAUCUGAACGUUUAAAAGAAUUCCAAAGUAUUUAGCAGACAUUGAAAGAAGAUUUAAGGUAUUGCUGGACGUGGUUGAUUUAGUUAAGGUUGUUUUACUUGGAGGUCAACAUGGCGGUUAAAUGUGAAUCAUCAGCAAUGCAUGCUACCUCUAGCGGAGUACUUCAAGGGGAUAAUCCGCUGCAUUAUGCACUGCCUCUGGCGAUUGUACAGAUAUGCUUGGUGCUUGUACUCACUCGAGUCCUCGCCUAUAUUCUCCGACCAUUGAGACAACCGCGUGUUGUUGCUGAGAUUAUUGGAGGAAUUCUACUAGGUCCUUCUGCUCUCGGCCGCAACCAAAAGUAUCUGAAUGCGAUAUUUCCAAAAAGUAGCCUCACAGUAUUGGAUACAUUGGCUAACCUUGGCCUCCUAUUCUUUCUUUUUCUCGUUGGGACUGAGUUAGACCCAAGGUCUCUUCGUCGAACUGGAAAGAAAGCUCUAAGUAUUGCUCUUGCUGGAAUCACUCUUCCUUUCGUAUUAGGAAUUGGGACAUCUUUUGCUCUCCGAGCCACAAUUGCCGAAGGGGUUAAUCAAGGCCCUUUUCUAGUUUUCAUGGGAGUUGCUCUAUCUAUCACUGCCUUCCCCGUUUUGGCUCGUAUUUUAGCUGAACUCAAGCUUUUGACGACCGAUGUUGGUCGAAUGGCGAUGUCCGCUGCGGCGGUCAAUGAUGUGGCUGCGUGGAUUCUACUCGCUCUUGCUAUUGCACUUUCAGGUUCUGGUUCUCCCAUAAUUUCAUUAUGGGUCCUCUUAUGUGGGACAGGAUUUGUCCUGAUUUGCAUAUUCACUGCACCUCUUAUAUUCAAUUGGAUGGCAAGGCAAUGUUCUGAGGGAGAGCCAGUGAAUGAGUUAUAUGUGUGCGCUACAUUGGCAAUUGUUUUGGCUGCAGGAUUUGUGACUGAUUCAAUUGGUAUUCAUGCUCUAUUUGGUGCUUUUGUGGUUGGGGUUCUUGUACCAAAAGAAGGGCCAUUUGCAGGUGCUUUAGUGGAAAAAGUAGAGGAUCUUGUGUCAGGACUAUUCCUUCCUCUAUACUUUGUGUCUAGUGGAUUAAAAACAAAUGUAGCCACUAUUCAAGGAGCUCAAUCUUGGGGUCUUCUUGUUCUAGUCAUUGCUACCUCAUGUUUUGGCAAGAUUGUUGGUACUGUUUUUGUCUCUCUCAUGUGCAAGUUGCCUCUUCAAGAAUCCUUAACUCUUGGUUUCUUGAUGAACACUAAAGGUUUAGUAGAACUCAUUGUUCUUAACAUUGGCAAAGAUAAAGGGGUAUUGAACGAUCAAAUAUUUGCAAUCAUGGUGUUGAUGGCUCUCUUCACAACAUUCAUGACAACCCCAAUAGUUAUAGCCAUCUAUAAACCAGCUAAAAUGGCUGUAACAGAAUACAAGCACAGAACAAUAAUGAGGAAAGACACAAGCAAGGCGCAACUCCGAAUCUUGACAUGUUUCCACGGCACAAGAAAUAUCCCCACUCUGAUAAAUCUCAUCGAAGCCUCUCGAGGAACAGAGAAAAAAGAAGGGCUCCGCGUCUACGCGAUGCACCUCUUGGAGCUUACUGAAAGAUCCUCAGCAAUUCUAAUGGUUCACAAGGCCAGAAAGAACGGGCUUCCCUUUUGGAAUAAAGGACAAGUAGGGGAAUCGAACCAAGUCAUUGUAGCAUUUGAGACAUUCGGACAACUCAGUAAGGUGUCAAUUCGACCAACAACUGCAAUCUCCGCUAUGACAAGUAUGCACGAGGACAUAAUUGCUAGCGCGGAGAGAAAAAGAGUUUCAAUGAUAAUUUUACCGUUCCAUAAACAUCAGAGAAUUGACGGACAAUUUGAAACGACACGAGCUGAUCUUAGACUUGUCAAUCGAAGAGUUCUACAACACGCACCAUGUUCUGUUAGCAUAUUAAUUGACCGCGGGCUCGGCGGAGCAUCUCAUGUAUCUGCUAGCGAAGUUGAUUAUUCGGUACUGGUUUUGUUCUUUGGGGGUCAAGAUGACCGUGAAGCGCUCGCUUAUGGAAUGCGCAUGGCGGAGCACCCUGGCAUUACUUUAACCGUGGUCCGUUUUGUAACGGACCCUGAGGUUGUUGGGCCCACUGUCCACGUGGACAUCAUCGAUGACUCUGGCCCCGAGGGCGAGUCAACAGAUGAAGAGUUCCUCGCGGACAUGAAACAAAAAUCAACUGGUGACGGUUCUAUCAUUUUUGAGGAGAGCACAGUGAAAGAUGCUACAGAAACUAUAGAAGCAAUUCGCGCGUAUAAAAAGUGUAACCUGUUCCUAGUCGGGAGAAUGUCUGAGGGUCAAUUGGUUUCGGCAUUUGAUACAAAGACUGACUGUCCAGAACUGGGGCCUUUGGGAAACUUGUUAAUUUCCCCUGAAAUUUCAACUACGGCAUCAGUUUUAGUGGUGCAGAAGUAUCGUAGUGAGUUACCUCAAGAUUCGCUCAACACUUUGAAUGAAGGAGCUUCAGCUAAAGGAGAUGAUGAUGAAACUGAAAUUUAAUAAAUUUCUUGCACGUUAUGAAUAAGGAAUUACUUACCAAAUCGAAGAAGGUUAUGUACAUAUGUUCAUCUCGUUUUUCCUUCUCAUGCAAUUGUUGUAGCUUGCAACGCAAAGCUGUAAAUUCCCAGGUUUCUAUUAGAAGUCACAUGAAGCAUAUGCAGUUACUAUUAAA